AUGCACGGCUUGCGGGAGACGGCAGCCGCCUCCUCCUCCGUCGACCCGACGAGCAGGCUGGUGCGCGGUGGCCUCUCGCACGUGAUCGGGGACACCUCGGAGCCGCUGAGCGAGCUCACGGUGGACGGAAUGUUUUGCGAGACGGUCCGACGGACGCCAGACAGACUGGCGCUCUCCAGCCCGGCUCAGAGUAUUCGGUACAGCUGGAAUGAGCUGGAGGAGCAGGUGGCGACAGCGGCGGCGGGGCUACUCAGCAUCGGUGUGGGCAGUGGCGACCGUGUCGGCUGCUGGCUGCCAAACGUGGCUGAGUACGUCGUGAUGCAGCUCGCGACCUCUCGUAUCGGAGCCAUCCUGACCUGUCUCAACCCGGCGUACAAGCUGGCCGAGCUGCAGCACGCGCUACGGCUCGCCGGCGUCAAGGCGCUGCUCUUCUGCCCCGGCGGCGCGAGGAGCGACCACACAGCAGUGGUGGAGCGGCUGCUGCAGACCGCCGAGGAGGCCGCGCCCUGCCUCGAGCGAGCCGUGCCCUCUCUCGAGCGAGUCAUCGCACUCUCGGGCGGCGCUGGUGGGCCCUGCAGCCGCGCCGCGGCGAGCAGUCUGCAGCACCCGAUGGCAAUGGCCUACGCCGACGUGCUCGAGGGCGGGAAGCGCAGCCGGGACCAGGGCCUCGCCGCCGCGUCCUUGCGCGGCGACGGGCUCGAGGAACGAAGCCGCGCACCGGCGGCGGCGGCGGCGCUGUCGCACGAAGACGUGACCAACAUCCAGUUCACAUCUGGGACGACGGGCCUGCCUAAGGCGGUCGGACUGACACACCGCAACAUUGUCAACAACGGCCGUUUUGUGGCCCGCGGCAUGCGGCUGACGUCGGACGACGCCGUCUGCCUGCCGGUGCCGCUGUUCCACUGCUUCGGCCUCGUGCUUGGCUCGCUCGCGUGCAUCUCCACCGGCGCCGCCAUCGUCUUCCCUUCGCGCACAUUCGACCCGCGCGCGGCGCUGCAGGCGGUGCAGGAGGAGCGGUGCAGCGCGCUGUAUGGCGUGCCGACGAUGUUCCUUGCGCAGCUCGCCCUCUCGGACUUCGGCUCGUCGAAUCUGCCGUCAGCGUCGAUGUUGAACGUGGAGCUCGUCCCGCCCGUGAAGCGGGUCGCCCCAUCAUUCGUUACAAUGAUGGACCGACCGUAUUGGGCCAUUACGGUCUCUGUGGGCGCAUUUGCCACGACCACUGUGUCUUGA